GGGGGCGUGGUGUAUCAUGGGGGGAGGUUGUUAGCAAGUCAGUUGCAGCGUUAGUACAGAGACGAGCACCACAGCGAGAGUUUCUCCAAAUAUACGCUCAAAGACGUCGGCUAGUAAUGUCCGGAGAGAGGAUGCCGAACUGUCCUGCCUCUGCGUCCAAGGGCUUCAGCUCGACCCCUGUCAAAACUAGCCAGGGGAAAGAAUUUCACACAUCCAAGGACUUGGACGACGGCCUCCUAUCAGACGACGAAGACACAUUUUCUCUGCUUUCUCCCAUCUACCAUGACAGUUUUGACAGUGAUGAAGAUCUUGAGGCUAGCCCGGCCCAGCAAACUUCACCCCAGCAGAACUCCAGACUCAGAGUUUCACCAGUCAGAUGUGAGCUACCAAGAACACCUUCAGAGCAGAUGUUGAAUGCAGCUAUGGAGCCUGCAGGCUCACCUACUCUCAGUGCAUGGGAAAUGUGGUUGGUGAACAAAGCCAAAGAAGACCGUCUCAAAUUGGAAAAGAAAGCAGAGGAGGAGCGGCUACUGAAGGAAAAAAAAGAACAACAAGAAAAAGAGCGGGAACAGAAAAGGAUUGUCAUGGAAGAGAAGAUUCAAGAUUGGCUAAAGAUGAAAAGGGAACAGAGGAAGCAUGAGCAACUUCAAAAACAGAGCAAAGAGGAGGAGGAGAUACAGAGAAAGCAGGAAAAACAAAGGGAGAUUGAACAGAAAGCUCAGCAAAAAUACAAAGACUGGCUGCAGAAGAAGAAUCAAGAAAAAAUAGAAAUGGAAAAGAAAGAGAAAGAGGAAGCUGCUCUGAAAGAGGAGCAGGAGAAAGAGCGCCGCAAGAGGGCAGAGGAGAAGUUUAAGGAGUGGCUGGCAAAAGCCAAUGAUAAAAGCAGAGCAACUCCCAAAUCACCUUGCUACCCAACAAGUCCCUAUGACAAAUACUACCCAUCACCCAGCUUUUACAAUCCUGUCCCAUGGAAGCCGAUUCACGUCCCUCCUGCAGAAACAUCACUGAAUAAGACGUCCGGCAAGAAACCUCAGAAACAACGAAAAUGCCAGCAAAGCUCGAGCACCGCUCUUAGACUGAGACACUCUGCAAGUGCAGGACAGUUGCAGCAGAGGAGAUGACACACAUCUAUGACUGUGGUAGCCGGUAGCUUAGUCACAGCUCAAAUCUGAUUUCAUCACGACUCAGCCACCACCUCCACAGCUCCUGCAUUGAGACUCUGCUGAAUCACAGAAGGAUUUCUGUUCUCUAACAUAGCUGUGGUAAUUAAGACAUGCUACCAUAUCUAUGUUAUAUUUUGUUGUACACUGGAGUGAUUUUGUAAUAAUGCACUAGCUCAUAUUAGUAUGUACAUAAGGAUCUAUGAAUCAGCUUUUGUAAGAUAACAAUGUCUAGCAUACAUGUUGUUAUGACUAGACAUGUAAAAGCCUGGAGUCUAUUUUGUAUUAUCCUGUAAAUUGGAUCAAUUUACUAUUUGGAUAAAAGAUGCACUAUCCAA